AUGACAUUGGACGACUCGAACAUACAGCGGUCCAAGAUCCUCCUGCUCGGCCAGCGAAGGAGCGGAAAAACUUCCAUCCACCGUGUCCUGUUCGACGAUGCCGUUCCAAAGGAGACCUUCUACCUCGAGCCCACCACUCGAAUCGAGAAGCACAUCUACGAUACAAUAAUUCCGCUGGAAAUAUGGGACUGUCCUGGCAACACUACGCCGGAUACGCUGUCCGCUCCGCUCAGCGACUUUGACGCCGUCAUCUACGUGAUCGACAUGACCGAUCAACAAUACCAGAAAUCCAUCGAGCAGCUCGUCCGGUUUGCGCAGGCGGCGUACACGGCUGCGGCGGAGAGCAUCAUCUUCGAGGUCUUCGUGCACAAGACCGACUCGUAUUCGGAGGACUAUCGAUUUGAGAACUUUCAACAAAUCAAUGCCCGGAUUGAAGACGACCUUUUCGACAUCUCCUUGCCCGAAACAUUCGUCACAUGCAAGCAGACCUCAAUCUACGACCACACCUUACACUCUUCCUUCUCCACGCUGGUCCACAAGCUUAUCGGCACAGUGACACUUGGCUUCGUUGAAGAACUAUGCAACUCUUUCUGCGCAAACGCCCAGGCUAGUAAGGCAUUCUUGUUCGAUGUGAACUCAAGGCUUUAUGUUGCGACGGACGCGAGCCCUGUGGAUGCGGGCACUUUGGCGCUCUGCUUGGACUACAUCAGGACGCUGCAUAAACUCGCCCCUCUAUACACAUCGUUGACGGCUACACCCCUACGUCUUCGACCGGAUACACCUCCGCCCGCGCUUACGCCCGCACUAAGCGCCACAAGCCCCGCAGGAACAGCGACGACCACACCGGCGCGUACACCAGCAACACGAAGCCCUGCAUCACCUUCCGCCGCUCUCCUCCCGGCAGUAAGCAAUCUGGCGGCUUCAACGCCUUCCCUCGCAUCAGCCAUCUCUUCCCGCACGCCGGCCGCCAGUACACCUAGUACGCCUUCUCCACCUCCGUUCAGUCCUAGCGCGGCAAUGAGCCUUGCGGGCGGCACGACGCUCACGUAUCAUGCCGCUGGACCUUCGCUGGCACUGCUUGCGCUGUUGCCGACAAAUGUGUUGGAGAAGAGGAGGGGGUUGUUGGAGUAUAACGCAGUGUUCUUCAGGGAGGGCGUCUUGGAGAUCGGAGGUGUUAUCAGGGAGGCGAGAAGUGGCACUGCAGAUGGAAAGGAUGCGAAGGCGGACGGAGGGAAGAAGAAGAAAUAG